UCGAAGGCUCAAUACUUUCUGGGGCGUUCAGGAAGAGGUGGCCCGGGCUUCUGCGGGAGAGGCUGGCCAGGGGGACUCCAGGCAUAGGUGCAUGUCUUUGGGAUGUGCUCUGAGAGCUCUUCUGUCCCGCCAUUCCGGAGGGCGCUGCUCUCGGUGGUGCUGAAGGGACAGCUCCCCACAGCGCUGCCUUCGGGGUGCUGAAGGGACGGACAGCUCCCCUGUCUAAAGCGAAGGCGGAUCCUGCCGGGGCCGAGGAGGGGAGGGCUCCCCACUGAGCCCUGCGUGGCGGGUGGUAUAGCGGUGCUGCUCACGGGAGCUCCCUCGGCGCCUCUGCUGUUCACAUUGCCGGCUGCUGUGAAAAAGAAGGCAGCUGGCCUGAGCCUCCGCGACGCGCAGGGCGGCCGGUGCUGAAGGGACAGCGGCUUCCUUUCAUUCCCCCAACAUCCAGGAAUGUGAUCUACAAUGUUAGUUCUCAGGUUCCUCAAUGUGGUUGCUCCAGCCUACUUCCUGUGCAUCUCUGUGGUGACCUUCGUCCUCCAGCUCUUCCUCUUCAUCCCCAGCAUGUUUAAGGACCCUUCUGCCACCCCACUGUUCUCCUCUGCUCUGCUGCAUGGAGCCCUCUUCCUUUUCCUCUCUGCCAAUGCUCUUGGCAACUACAUCCUGGUGAUCCAGAACUCCCCAGAGGAUCUGAGCAAAGGCCCAAACUUGGGACCAGGAGGCGAAGGGGCGGCCAACUGGCCAGAUGCAAGCAGGACCCCUGGCUCAGCUUUGCCUGGCACUCACUUCUGUAGACUUUGUGUCAGAGUCACUCAAAGGCAUGACCAUCACUGUUUUUUCACAGGGAACUGCAUUGGUAGCAGGAACAUGCGGAACUUCAUCAUGUUCUGCCUGUACACUUCUUUGGCUUGCCUCGAUUCCCUUGUGGCUGGGGUGGCUUACAUUUCGGCAGUGCUCUCUACAUCCUUUAACAACCCUUUGGCUUUCCUUACUCUCCUGCCUCAUUCCAUCAGCCAGUUCUUCUCAGGAGCUCUUCUUAGCUCAGAAAUGUUUGUCAUCCUCAUGCUAUACCUCUGGCUGGGAAUUGGACUUGCCUGUGCUGGCUUCUGCUGUCACCAAAUGCUGUUGAUCUUGAGAGGACAAACUCGAUACCAAGUGCGGAAGGGGACAGCGGCACGAGCCCGGCCCUGGAGGAAGAACCUGCAGGAGGUCUUUGGGAAGAGGUGGCUGAUUGGACUUCUCAUCCCCAUGCUCAAUGUUGGAAGUGACUAUCACAGGCAGAAGGAGAAGUGAUACUUCCCAGCAUGCAUAAAUGCAUGGGUGCACACACGUGCACACGCACACACACACACACACUUGCUGUCCAUAAGGGAAUGUGGCACUUGGGGUACUUGUAUUCCCCCCCAUCUCUCUCCUUUGUGACUUAUAAGAGUGGAAGGCAAUUAGCAAACCAGCUGGGUCCAUGCUGUGUUUUAGAAGAGGUCAGCGACCGUUCAGAUGGCAAGAAUCUCCGGUUUGCUAGAAGUAUUAAUCAGAGCCCUGAAUCAUUCUCACACUUCCCCUCUCCCUUCUUCAUCAGUACCUGCCCACCUUGCCUUUUACGCUUAGCAGCUGGAGUGGCAUCUUCCACCAUCUAAAAAGGCAGCCUGGGUUGGUGUGAGUAGGUUGUAAGUACAGCAGACAGUUCCUGUGGGAUUUGCCAAUGGAGGCUUUUUGCAGCUUAAAGUGACCCCAAUAUAGCAAGAUGCCAGUGUCACCAGAACAGCCUCUUGUGGUUGGUUGGUCAAGCCCUUUUCAGGCACAAGGAAUGAAAACUGCUGGGAAGGCAGACGGAGCUUGCCUGCCAGGCUCUGGAAUGGAAAGCACGUAUCUGCCCACUUCCUAAUCACCUCCCUGCCUUCCAGUGUGCUGGGAUGGUAGUUAAUAGCUUGACCAUGUGGCCUGUCAGAAUAGCAGUUCUGCUGGCUGAUGGAGUGUGGGGUGUGUGUGCGUGCCUGCGUGACACAGAAUUAGGCUCGUUUGCAGGCCUCCUGCCCAGAUCUCUGCCUAAUAGCAGUGCUCCAAGCCCAUCUGGUUCCAAGGAUCAACAAGCAAGAUUACUGGAGUUGAGCACAGUGAUACCAAGCAAGCAGAGAAUGAGGGCAUGAAUUGAAAGGUCACACUUCAGAGAGUGCUAAUGGAAGAGGGCUUUGAGACAACUCAGGCAGGAAUGCCUACGAGAGUUUGUGUGGUUGGGGGGAGUGAACGAGCAGAGCUGUGAAAAGACCAAGCAGAGAGAGGGAUUUUCUUUGGAAGAUGGGCUGGAGACAGGCAAAAGUACCACCCACCCAGCCCAAAUGCAUCAAGUUACACAUGAGAAGCAUCACUGCUCAGAGUGGAUCGACUCAUCCCACUUCUGGUAGACAAGUUUCCUGGGAUUUUGUAGCAUUUUAAAAAACCUACUAGACUAGCAAAUUUGGAAACAACUGGGAGAUAAAAACAAGGGUGAAUUGGGCUGUUAAAAAGGACCGGGAGUGUUUGCAGCAUCAGCCAGGGGCAAUGAGCACAGUAAGUGGAAGCUUUCCUACUGCCUCCUCCCAUGACAUCACUGGCCAGCAGUGGUGUGGGAGGAGGCAGUGGAAGAGGCUCCACCCAUUGCCACUCCCCUUGGCUGGAUCCAUGCCCAGAAGUUCCUGAGGCUUGACUUGCCACCUGCUAACAGCAACCCUUCAGGGUAGGAGCCCACCAGGAAUUUUCCCAGUAAGUUAAAGGGCUGAUCCUUAUCUGGACCAAAGAAGUGUGUGUACAUCAAGGGCAACAACACCUGUAUCUUUCCACCUGGCCAGAGCUGCCAGGGUCAAUUUCAGCUUCUGAGGCUGCAGUCAUAAUAAAAAUAAAAAAUGAUGACACAUGAUGCACACGUCGUGAAACUUGGCAAAUUUCAACAAAAUAAACAAGUGUCUAACCUUGAGGCUUUCAUUGAUAAGGUUUCCACACCUCCCACUAUGUUGAAAGUCUCCUGCUGGCAGUCUCCUUUUCCUGCUGCCCUGAGGGAUGGUGGGAGGAAAAAAAUGUGAUAUAGCUGAUGUCACUUCCAGGGAAAACCUGAAAGUGACAUAGGGUAGCUCUAGGAAUCAUUGGAAACUCUGUGGUUUUACCAUAGAGUUACUGUCCCUGCUUCUUUCUUCCAGCUGCCUUAAAAGCUACUGUCUAUCCCCAGCCUAAGAGUAGAUUAGUAUGAAGUAUAAUUGUGCAUAGGACAGAGAGCAACCAAGUGAGGGAGUGUAGGGCCUCUAUGCAGAGCCUUGCAUGUAGGGCAUCAAAUUAGCAUUUUGCAAUAAGUAACUCGUAGGGAUAAAACAGAGGACUACGUAUGUUCCCCUGAACUCCAGGGGCAGACUGGUCAUUUAACUCACUGGGAAAUUUCCUGGUGGGCUGCUGCCUGAGGGCCACUGAUCACCAGUGACAAAUAAAGGCAUGCCCCAGUAAUUACGCCAUACCUUCCACUGCCAAAUGGCUCAGAUUUUGCAGCAGCAGUAAUAACCAGUUUCAGCUCAUCAGUCAUCCCCUCUCUGCAUUGCCUCCAGGUGGCAGUAGGAGGCAAUGGGGGAAUGGAUGCGCACCACGGGUGCCAGAUUGCAGCUGCGUGGCCCCUGCAAGGCUGGCCUGAAGAGCCAAGGGAUUCCUCAGCUUGCUCCUGGACCGUUCUCCUGUUCUGCCCCAGCAGAAUUCCUUGGUGGAAGGGUACAAUAAAAGUGUGAUGCAUAUGUAGCAGUGGAUGUAUUCCCGUUCUCUCUGCAGUAGGUGCCUUAUUUUUUUAAGCUAUCACUGUUUCAUGUGUCAUUCUAGAGAUGGCAUGGGAUUUUGCACGAACUCAUCCAUUUCUAAAAAGUGGUUCCCAACAUAGGGUUGACAAUCUCUAGGUAGAGCUUGGAGAUUUCCCAGAAUUAGGACCAAUCUCCAUACUACAGAGAUCAAUUCCUCUGGAGAAAAUGGCUGCUUUGGAAGGUGGACUUUAUGGAAUAUACCUUGCUGAGGUUUCUCACCUCCCCAAACUUAGUCCUCCCCAGGAUCCACCUGCAAGUCUCCAGGAAUUUUCUGUCUUGGAGUUGGCAACCCUAUGAGGGUGGAGACCGAGUCUGGGACUCAUAUGUACAAAACUCAAGCCGGAGUGAACACAUGUACAAGACACAUCAAAUUCACAUUUUGCCAUCCAGUGUGCAAACAGCAAAUUUAAGAUUCGAGAUUCAUAAACUGUCCAAGUUUCUUUUUGGCAUUCCCAAGUGGCUUAGUGUUAGGAGAAGAGUGGAUAGGACAGCCACAUUUGUAUUAGCCAACAUAGCACAAGCUUACCACGGUUCUCGAGUUGGCUAGAAGAACUGGGGCCAAUGAAUCCUUUCCUUGCACAAGAUGCUCACAGUCCAUAUUUGUUGGUGGGAUGUGAUUCAAAGUGUUGUCCAAGUUGCAUUUCUCAUGCUGGAGUUUAGCGUUUCAAUUUACAAGAGGCUUUCGCUGUUGCCCUCUCAUGCUGCUUCAUAGAUAUCCAGAUGUACACAUAGGAAACACAUCAAUAUAAUCUUUGCUGAAGAGAUGUUCUUACCACAACAUUCUCUUCAAGAAAUCAACAAUGGGAUAGAUAAACGGUAGCACACGUAGAAAGCAGGCCUUCUAUACGAGACGUGCUUGCAUGGAAACACCUUUAUUUAUUUCUCUACCUAUCUAAUAUGCUGCAUUUUCACUAAUAGAUAACAAUAAAGUGUAUUGAUUUUUUUACCAUUG